GAAAUCUUCAAGUCAUUGGCCCGUGUAACGACUUUCCAUCGACCCGCCGCCUGUAGCCCUUCCCGUCUCUGGAGUCUGGAAGCUUCUUCCUCCUCGCCUCCGACUCCGUCAUGGCCGGCGGCAACCUGUUCGGGCGGGCGCUGAGCUACGUAGUCAACGAGCUCCUCGUCGAGGGCCUCGCCAACAACCGUGCAUUCCAGAGGUUCGCUGUGAAGACCAACAGGACUCUUGAGAGCCUAUCGUCUAAAGCUAAGGAAGUGAGGGAGGAGUUAUCGGAACAAUUGAAGGAAGCUCGUGGCCAGAAAGAUCACUUCAAGCAGUGAAGCUGGUUCCCACAUCGAUUCAGCAAGAUGAUACUGACAAUCUUGUUACGAGUUUAGUCCUUGUCUGGGUACUAUUUAUGAAUGACAUUCUGGAUGUCAUUCAAUGGAAAUUAGUCUUAAGUUUCUCUGCACUUAGAUUAGUAGACGCAGAGCAGUUGGUCUCAUGUCCUUUGUCAUAAACUAUUGUAUAAUUUUUAAUAAUGUGUGCCUAUGUUGAUAUUUUUUCUUGAAGUGUGAAAUGUAGAUUUGAAGAAGAAUUGGCUU